CUGUCUGUCUGUCUGUCUGUCUGUCUGUCUGUCUGUCUGUCUGUCUGUCUGUCUGUCUGUCUGUCUGUCUGUCUGUCUGUCUGUCUGUCUGUCUGUCUGUCUGUCUGUCUGUCUGUCUGUCUGUCUGUCUGUCUGUCUGUCUGCCUGUCUGUCUGUCUGUCUGUCUGUCUGUCUGUCUGUCUGUCUGUCUGUCUGUCUGUCUGUCUGUCUGUCUGUCUGUCUGUCUGUCUGUCUGUCUGUCUGUCUGUCUGUCUGUCUGUCUGUCUGUCUGUCUGUCUGUCUGUCUGUCUGUCUGCCUGUCUGUCUGUCUGUCUGUCUGUCUGUCUGUCUGUCUGUCUGUCUGUCUGUCUGUCUGUCUGUCUGUCUGUCUGUCUGUCUGUCUGUCUGUCUGUCUGUCUGUCUGCCUGUCUGUCUGUCUGUCUGUCUGUCUGUCUGUCUGUCUGUCUGUCUGUCUGUCUGUCUGUCUGUCUGUCUGUCUGUCUGUCUGUCUGUCUGUCUGUCUGUCUGUCUGUCUGAACAUACAAUUAGGCCCCGUAGCUUGCAAACGCAAACAAAAAUCGCACGGUAAAAGACAAUGAUUCUUCCGAGGAGUGGACGCUACAGGAAUCUGACCGGAAAACUUUCGAGCACAAAGUGCUGCGGAGAAUGCUCGGUGGGAAACAAGAAAAAAGGGUGGUGGCAUAAGAACACCGGUACUCAGCAUGAUCAAGGGUGACGGAUUCAAUUCUCAGUCUUCUUCAAAUUUAAAGAUCGAGGUCAGUGUGCACUGAAAGAGGUUUUCGGAGUAGUCUUGUUCUAGGUCUUGAUGCACUAGCUCAAUAUUUCGAGUCCUAGUAGGCAUGCUCUGCUCUCCCUAAAUAAGUGUCAUUUUGAAAAUCAUUUUUGUCACCAGCAAAGUUGAAAUCAGGUCGUUUUUAAUUACUAUCCCUUAUUUAUUUUCCAUCAAGUCAUGGCAGCCAAUUCUGGAGUGAAAAUUUUCCGUGAUAUUCUUCGGGACAGCCCGUGUCGGAUGGUUUACAAGAACUUCACCCAGCAGUACUCGAAGGCCAAUAAUCUGGGAAAGGCCAUCUCCCUGGAACGCCCGGGUACAUCAGCACGUCCCAAAACAGCCCCCAUCGCUGUUUCACCUUUGGCGCAUGCCAUAACGGCCCACAACUUGAUGCCGGAAGUUGUGACAAAACCUGCAGCACCGGAACGUCCCGUAACCAGCGUCCGAACGAUCAAACCUUCGCUAGGUUUACUUUGCACCGGACACGAAAAACCGAAUGGGAAGUCACCACGGCGACGCCCGGAAGCCCCUAAUCGACAACGCCCUCCACGACGCCCAGCUGAACCGUCCCGUAAAACCCCACCCGCAUCCAACAGCAAGCAGGACAUUUGCAAACGGCCCCAUCAACGGAAGCAGCUCGAAUCGCCCGACGCAAAUCGCGACUCGUCCAAGAGGCCGUGCAAGAUCUGCAUCAGCGACGAAGAUUGCACCGCCGCCGUCCCCGAACAAUGGCAAGAUAUACUUAACGCACAGUCCUCAGAAACGUCGGCCUCCAGCUCCGAUGUCGGCUUCCGACAUCUGAUCGGAGAGAUCGAAGCCAUUCGCUCGGAGUUGGUAUCCCGGGAGGACAUGAAGAACAUCAGUCUGCAGGAAUCGUUGGAACUGAUCAACGAGAUUCAGCAACGGAUCAACUCGGUUUCUUUAUCGACCGAAGGACGAACCACAGCCGCCUCUGGAAGCUAUCUGACUCGCCUGGAACCGGCUCAGACGGCCACGGUGGUGGGGACCGGAAAGCGGUCCAUCAUCAAGGCGAAGAAAUCGUUACGGUCGCUACGUUUCGAAGGAGGUCGGAUCAUCGAGCAGGACUACAACAAGGGAAAUCGUCGAUCGCAGCAGGAUGGGGAGAAGGUGGUGAUCCGUAAAGCGAAGACGAAGCAGAUCGAGAAGAAAUUCGAUGAGGGUCCACUGCGGUGUUUGUUGCCACUCGUGAGUGAAUCGCUCAAAGCGGCGCAGAUGAAAUUUUGAGAAUAAAUUUUGAAAUUGAUUAGCGUUGGUUUAUUUUGUUUUUGGCUUAAAAUGUGUAAUAUAGGGCUUGAUGGAAAAAAAUAGCACAAUAAUUUAAUGUACUAGCAGUACAAGCUGGAGGCAUGGAUAACGCAUUGAUGUCAUUAGCCUCU